GCAAGACAUAGCAAGAGAAGGAGCCUAGCUAGCUGCCCUGGCGGAUCUCCUUCCGUCCACUCUAGGCUUCGCUUCCGGACCUGGACCAUGUCACUGCGCUUCCACAGAGGAACGCCAAUCAUCACGCUCUUGUGAGCUCUAGCUUGUCUGCACUUCCCCAUAGAGAGCGUCGCGCCUGUCAUGCGCAAAAGGCAGGCGCCGCGCCCCACUGCUAUGCCAAUGACUCACUUAACACCAAACCUUGAUGUGUGCCCUGCAUUCCGGUUGUGCUUGCAGUCACGAUCCACGGUCGCCAUUGUCGCGCAAAGCGCUGCAGCUCCUGCGUAACAAUGCCGGGCACGUUAGGCUCCCUUCGCAAGCCAGCGGAGGUCUGCUCGCCACCUCUCUUGAACUCGCAAGCGGCAGCGGCGCCGGUGCCGCCAGUCCCUUCCUGCAAAGUGCAAAAGAUCGAGAUGAGGCCGCAACGAAGGCGCUGUCCGACGAGGAGGACGACCGUAGCGGUGUUAACUCAUCAAAAGAAUACGCAACGGAAUGGCUAAAGCGUGCUGCCAGGUCCGAUUCUUACGGAGGUGCAGGUCAGUACGGCGAGUUCGAGCUUCAGAUCCAAGAUCGACAUGCGCAGCCACCGACCGAUUCGCAGAUGAAGAGCAUUCUGCGGUAUCUCAAAAGCACGCCGGUGCCAGCAGUUACGCCGCCACCGGAAUUUGACCUCGCAGACACAAAUUUCCUCGAUACUAGUGCUGAAACAGGUGUGAACGGCGCAAGAGUGGCAGGCGCGGGUGCUGGCUCGUCGACUGGUGUGAGGCCGAACACAGCGGCGGCUCUACGCAAGAUUCGUCAGCUGCAGAUGAAAGCGCAGGUUGCAAAGGAUGCCGCAGAGCGCAAGCGACACGUGCGCUUACUCGAUGCGGACCUCACGGUAGACUCGCUACCGCGGCCUCCGAUCGAGCCGGCGAUGACGCCAGAGACCGAAGGCGAUGAUCCAUCAGUUAUUCAGCAGCAGCAGCAACACCCCCAGCACCAAAAGCAGCCGGCUUCCCACCUCGACCAUCUUUCGUCCGCAAGCAACCCCGCAAGCACCCCGAGCAUCCGCGAUGGACCGCUCUGCGUCUGGUGGGACGAGGGAAUGGCUGCGACGAGCGUGGCAGGUGUGCAAGCCAUGCUUGAACGAAUGAAGGAAGUCAAUGCACAGCAUGCGUCGAGCCGGAACGGCGGUGCAGGCUGUCUUGUCAUGUGAUGUAAAGCUCGUUACGCGCCUGUUCGUUCAGUUUCGAACUUUUGUCGUUAUAUUGACAGUCUAAAGAAUGAUAUAUGGCAAUCCUUGCCGAUUGCAUCAAUGUAUUACAUGCAUGGGAUUCAUGUUCCUCUAC